AUGUCGGGCAAAACCUACAAGAUCGCCGUCAUCCCCGGCGACGGAAUCGGACAAGAAGUCAUGCCAUGCGGUCUCAAAUCCCUUCACGCUGCCUCUGCUCGCUUCAACUUCAACCUAGCCAUCACCACCUUCGACUUUGCCUCGUGCGACUACUACGACAAGCACGGGAAGAUGAUGCCGGACGACUGGGUCGAACUUCUCACGCCCUUCGAUGCGAUCUACUUUGGCGCCGUUGGCGACCCGGCACGUCAUCCGGAUCACAUCACACUGUGGGGGUCUCUGCUUCAGAUGAGAAGGCAGUUCGACCAGUAUGUGAAUCUUCGACCUUGUCGUCUGGUCAAAGGUGUUCCGUCUCCACUCGCUGAUCCGGGCGAGAUCGAUUUCUGGAUCGUUCGAGAGAACACCGAGGGCGAGUACUCUGAGAUCGGUGGGAAGAUCUUCGAGGGGACAGAGAGGGAGACUGUGAUCCAGGAGACGGUCAUGACGAGGAUCGGUGUAGAUCGGAUCCUCAAGUACGCUUUCGAGCUGGCCAAGACGACGCGGAGGAAGAGGUUGACCAGUGCGACGAAGAGCAACGGUAUCAAGAUCACAAUGCCCUACUGGGACGAUCGGUUCAAACUCAUGUCCAAAAGCUAUCCUGAAGUGACGACGGAACAGUUCCACAUCGACAUCCUCACAGCACACUUUGUCGCCAAACCGAGCCACUUCGACGUCGUCGUAGGCUCCAACCUUCACGGCGACAUCCUCUCGGAUCUGGGACCAGCCGUCACAGGCACCAUCGGUAUCGCUCCUUCUGGGAACAUCCAUCCGGAGGCAAAGUUUCCAAGCCUCUUCGAACCAGUUCACGGUUCAGCACCGGACAUCAUGGGCAAGGGCAUCGCCAAUCCGGUAGGCAUGAUCUGGGCCGGUCAGAUGAUGCUGUUGCACUUGGGCGAGAAGCAGGCUGCCGAAGCCAUGAUGAAGGCGAUCGAUCGGGUGUUGGGUGAGGCGGAUCAGAGCGUGCUCACGCCAGACAUGAAGGGCAAAGGCACAACGCAAAAGUUGGGAGAUGCUAUCGCCGAGGCGAUUGCUUCCGUCUGA